GAGCUGAAUGGCCACCGUGUUUUCCAGGGGGGGAUUUGGUGCCUCUGAAGGAAUGAAAGGAUGUAACUGGGAAUGUUCUGGGAUUCUUGGCAGGUAAAAAUCCCUUUCUUUGCUCUGGGAUUUGGAUUUUCAGGGGCAGGGAUUCGAAACAGCUCCGAAGCAAAUAAAAUCCCAAUGAUGGGAAUGCCUGGGCCUGGGCCCUGGGGCUGAACCUGCCUCACUGAGGUUAGUUCCUGUGUGCCAGGAGCCUCUCUGCAUUCCUCACAACCAAUGGCCAGUGUCUGGGGAUGGCUUUUCCUUGUUUUUGCCUAUUUUUCCCAUUUUGGUUCCAGCUUUGAGGCUUUGUGCAGGGCCGGAUCCUCCCCUUCCAUUGUUUCCUUACCUUGUGGAUCCUCUUGUUCUUUGUUUAACCUGUCACUGGCCUCUCACUGCCUCCCUCAGUCAGGGCUGGCACGGGGAAUGCUGCAAUUCAACAUGGACAGGCAGGUUUGGGCUCCAGCUUGCUUGGCUUAACCAGGGAAAAGGCAUUGAAAAACUUAUGGGAAUGCUGCUGUUCUGGGGGGUUUAUCCCUCUCUCCUUAGGCACUGGCUUAAAGCAGCUUGGAAUGGAGCCUGUUGGAAUUGCACCUGGAUCCUGGUGCUGUUUCACAUCCCUCCCUUUCCCUGCUUGACACUGAUUCCCUUCCUAAGGUGGCUCCAAGAAGCCUGGGGGUGUCCUCAGCAUCACUUCAGCCCUUUCCUUCCUUGAUAUUCCCAUUUCCUUCCUCUACAGAUCCUGAGACUUUCCCUUUCCCAGGGAAGCCUUCCUGACCAGGAGCUCCUCUUCCCAGGAAGCGCCUUGGUUGCAGCUGCUACCCCAGACCCCGUUUGACCAUUCCAUCCCAGAUCCCUGCUUCUUCCUGCUUGGAUCCAUUGCUUGGGAGCGAGGAUACUGCUGCUGUUGUCAUUCCCCCUUCCCGUGUGCCUGGAAAUGUCUAGGAAGCAAAACACCAGAGAUCCUUCUGGCUUUGUUUUUGAUGUGCAGUCCAACACGGUGCUGGCCCAGGGAGGAACCUUUGAAAACAUGAAGGAGAAGAUCAGUGCUGUGAGAGCCAUCGUCCCCAACAGGAGCAACAAUGAGAUUGUGCUCGUGCUGCAGCACUUUGACAACUGCGUGGACAGGACGGUGCAAGCCUUCAUGGAAGGCAACGCCAGUGAAGUACUGAAGGAAUGGACUGUAACAGGCAAGAAAAAGAACAAGAAGAAGAAACCCAAACCCAAGCCACAGGCAGAGCCCAGCAGCCUCCCGGAGCUGGGGAAACCAGCAUCCAGUGGGGAGGAGGCACCGGGAAGCGCCGGGAAGGGCGGGAUGAACGGAUUCCAUGUCAACGGCUGUGCCCAUGACACCGAGUCCGUGGAUUCACUCAGCGAGGGUCUGGAUGCGCUCUCCAUUGAUGCCAGGGAGCUGGAGGAGUGUGAGUGCCCAGCAGGGCCCCCCCGAGCAGCAGUGCCUGACCUAGCGAAUGGGAUAGCAGACUUUGACACACAAUCGCUCACCCUGCAUCCUUCCCAGAGCCCUGCAUCCCUCAGGCAGCAGCCUGAGCACCGGAGCACUGGCAGAUCUCUGUCCAGGUCAGCACUGAGCCACUCCACUCCUGCCUCCCUGUCUGCAACCCGCCUUGAGGACGUGCCCCUGUCUCCUGCCAACAGGAAGCUGGGCUCCAACAUUGAGAAGUCAGUGAAGGAUCUACAACGCUGCACUGUGUCGCUGGCACGGUACCGGGUGGUGGUGAAGGAGGAGAUGGAUGCUUCCAUCAAGAAGAUGAAGCAGGUCUUUGCUGAGCUGCAGAGCAGCCUUAUGGAUCGGGAGGUGGCGUUGCUGGCCGAGAUGGACAAAGUGAAAGCAGAAGCAAUGGAGAUCCUGGGCAGCCGGCAGAGGAAGGCGGAGGCACUGAAGAAGAUGACAGAUGUGGCUGUGAGGAUGUCUGAGGAGCAGCUGGUGGAGCUCCGGGCUGACAUCAAGCACUUUGUGAGUGAGCGCAAGUACGAUGAGGACCUGGGCCGGGUGGCACGGUUCUCUUGCGACCUGGAUGUACUCAAGAGGAGCAUCGCUGCCUUUGGCCAAGUUUCCCACCCCAAGAACAGUUACUCCACACGGUCCCGGUGCAGCUCACUCACAGCCGCAGCCCUUGGCAGCCCCGGGGACACCGCGGCCCCCCCCGGCCCAGCCACCGCCCCCAGCCUGAGCACCGGCACCAAGAAGCCCCCGGCCGCAGCAGAGGGACCCACGGGGGACACGGGCAGCCACCCCCCACAGCCAGCGCGAGAGCGCCCCAGGAGGCCGGGAGCAGGAUCCCGACUGCAGCCGCCCCCCAUGGCCCAACCCCGGCCGCCAGCAGCACCGCCCCAGCGCCGGCCCCGCGCUCGGCACGAGGGGGCCCGCACCUGAGGUCCCUG